CUCUGAUCACGUAAUAUCUCGCAAAACAAUCGUCCGCGUAUUGGUACACCACACCGAGUAGACUAGUUAAAUCCAUCAAAACACUCAAUACUUUUUCUAAACUUUAUUUUGUAGUAUUUUAGAUUGAAGAAUGUGAUUGCAUUUAUGUUCAUCUUUUCGUGGUUUGGAGACGUAGCCAUGAGGAAGUAUCAGCAGCUUCUGCUGAUCGUGGUGUCAGCUGUUAGUGUUGUGGCACUUCUUUUCUACCAUCAUGAAUAUCAUCGUCUACGGUACGUCCUUGAGGUGCUCAACUUCUUUGGCAAGCCAGCUGAAAAUCUUCAAUGCCCAACUAUAAAUGAAACAUCGCUAUCAAAUAGAGUAAAUGGGUUCUCUUCACCUCUCCCUGUCUGGGUACCUGUUGGUGAUAAUCAUUAUAUUUACUCAGCUUUCUGGGAACGUAAUAAUGUAAUUGUUGUUGGUACGGGGCCAGCAAACGGGGGCUUUUCUGGACGCAAUAGUUACCAAUGUGAAGUUUGGUUGGAAGGAAAGGAUGAACCUAUUCCUGGAAGAAUUCAUGCAAGCAUCAUUGAAGGACAGAAAAAAAAGAAAGUUGGUUUUUUGGGCUACACUCUGUCUUGCGAAAUUGAGAAACUUAUUUCUGUUGUCCCUGAGGAGGUUACAAUGUGGAGAACGCAAGACAAGGUGCCAGCCAAAGUGUCUCUACCUGUCCAUUACAUGAAUCUGAAACGUUUAGAAGAUGAUGAUCCAGCUUUGUCUCUGACAGUUUGUGUGCUUCCUGAUGACUCUCAAAGAAUCUCCUCAUAUGCUCUCAUAUCUUUUGUUAGUUAUUACUCAAUUCUUGGAGUAAGUGAUUUUAUUUUAUAUGGGGGUAGUCGAUACCACCAUGUUGCCAUUGAGUUGCAAAAACAUGGUGCUAGUGUGAGUGUUAUUCCUUGGAACUUUCCUGUGAGUGGUGAUGGUCGUGCAGAACUGGAGAGGGACUGUCGAAGCCGGGGCUGGCCUGCUACUGGUAACAUAGUUGUCCUUUCUCUAAAUGAAUAUAUUGUACCAGUUAUUCAUAAUGAUCUUCUGCGUAUGUUAGAUGAUUUGGAUGCUGGGAGGAAAACAACUUCACGAUUUCAGUUCUCUACUCAGCUAUUUUGUACCAAUAUACCUGAUGACCCAGGCGCUGAACCUAGUUGGCCAAUGUUUAUGCACAAAACAUACUAUGAUCCUGCAGCUAAAACAGGAGCUGUAAACAUCUACCGACCUGGAGCUCUGACAACCAACAAACCAAUAGAAUUGAGUACUUAUACCUUAUCACCCAGUAUAGCAGCUGUUCACAAACUGUCUAGUUGUGACAUCCCCCCUGGAGCAUCCACAGAUUCAUUCCAGUACAAACCUAAUAUCAGGCGCUUUGUUAGUGAGUUGAUGAAAUCGGGAUUACUGAACGUGCAGGUUGAACCAAGAAAAUAGUAGAUUGAAACUCAUGAUAUUCUUACAAUUAUCUCAAGGCUGCUUGAUAUGAAUCAAUAUUUACCUAGUGCUUCUAGUCGUAGACUGCCACUGACUAAGAAACAUUCUCCAUUAGCUCUUAGAUAAAUGUUGGAAGGUGGGUGAUACUUCAAGACUGAGUAAUGAAUGGCUGUUGCAACUCAUGUUUGUGGUAUCAGAUUGCACUACAUUUCCUUAAAAUGUACCGAGAAGCUUGAUUGUCCUGUUGAUUUUGCUAUCUUUUCUCGCCAGCACUUGAAAUGGUUUACUAAUUUGAAGUCAGACUAGACUAUCUUAAGGUAUUAUUUGUUCCUCUGUUUUGUUAUAAUUAUUAUUUAUGUGUUAAGUUGUAAUUUAUGUCCUUAGUUUGUUAAAUUUUGGGAAAGUUAGAGUUAGACAUUCUAAAAUGUGUUAUGCAUUUCUAAAUAUUUAUUGUACAUGUCAUUGGUUUUGUACCACAAACCAGAAGCAAUGUGUAUUUCUGUUUGUUUGUUUUUAAAAUGAAGUGUAAUAAUUCUACUAUAAUUUGCUCACUAGAAAAAAAGUGUGGGAAAUGCAAUUCAAUGCAUAUGUGUGAUGCUAGCAUGAACCUGCCACCAUGUGUGCCUAAAACUCAGAAGCAGACUUAUGUUGCUGUUACCACAGACAAGCUUGAAGAAUGUGAGCUGAUGUCUUUUCACCAGAUAUUGCAUAGUGUUGAAACUUUUGGUUUUGUUGUUCAGAUGUGUAACAAAUAUGUUCUUUUAAGACAACAACACUGUAGAUUAGCAGGUAUGAUAUUAAUGUUGGGAAUGUUUCAAAAAAGUUAAAAGGAGUGUCCCCAACUGAAAACGAGCUUCCAUUCACAACUACUAUAUUGACAAUAGUUGUCUUUAAACAUUUUCAAUUAUACGUAGACACGUAACUAUAUUGCAAAUACAUUUAAGAGAGUUGGUGAUUUGAUGUUUGUCUUAGAUUUGUUGCUGUUUUACUAGUGCGGAAUGUGGAACCCAACCAUUGUUGUUCCAUUUUUUGCACUUGUAGUUUUGUAGUAAAGGGGAGGAAAGCGGUAUUCUGCUAGAAAACAUGAUUUUUGAGACAAUUUGCUGAGAUUAAACAAAUCUUGUUCUUAGAAGAGUUGCACUCGUCUUCCAAGUUCAAGAACAAAAAUUUGAUGGAUGGGUGCAUUUUAGAAAUGGAAGUGGCCUUAUUUGUAGUAUGACCAAACAUUGAAAUGUGUCUAAGCAGUUCAUAUGAGUACAGCAUUACAUUUUAAAUUUAUCUGCAGUAGUAUUUGCAUCACAAAAUAGUGAUUUGACUAUGUAUAUUGAAUAAUAAAUAUAGGAGUUUUUACCAAUUUGUGAUAUUGUACAAGAAGUUUGCUCAGCACAAUGCCAUUAGAAUUAUUUAGAGAUCAUUUAUAUACAUGCAGCAUGAGGUAAGCACUUAUCUCAUGUUUAUAGUUUUGAUUGAUAUAUGGUGAGAAGCACUUGCACACACCUACAGUAUGAUUAAGCCUACUUGUCAAUAUCUUUUGGAUAGUAAGACAAAGUGUUUACUGCUUCCAGCAACUUAAAAUGCUAAGGCACAAACCCAUGAAUUUUUUAAUACUGGCUCACUCUUUACCAAUUUUUUUGAAAUUUGUUGAUAAUUGCACUUAGAAAAACAGUGUUUUAUACAAUUCAAAGUAGUUUUGUACAAAAGUGAUAGUCUGUUAAACCAUUUGUUAAACCAUGUUUUCAUGUAGUUGGAACUGCCUGUUGUGAAUUUUCUUAUGUAUUUUGGGAUAAUGUUGUCCAGAAUCUCAGAAUUUUAGUAUUUAUCUGACAAUCUUUAAGAAGGAUAUUUUCUUUGUAAUAUUGCUAAACAAUAAAAGAAAAAUUUGCCAAUAUUGUUCUUGGGCAGAAUGGAGCAAGGCUUACACUGGCCAAAAAGACAGAACAGCAUGUUAUGAUUCAGUUAAAUUUGUACAGAGCUGUACCUCUAUAAAUUGCCUAAUACCAAUAAAAUUCUUGAAACAGUGUUAACUGUAACAAUGUU